UCGAUUGGUCAGAUUUAAUGUAAUGUUGUUUCAUGUAAUGUUGGUACUACUGAUAUAAAAUGCUGACUGUGGAGUUUACUGAUUUCACUGUACUCACUUUGGGGGAAAUCCAGAAGUGUUUCUGCAUUCUUGGAUGGCAACUGCGUAAUUAUAUUUGUACUGUUUGUAACUCAAUAAAAAGUGUAUACCAUCGUUGUAUCUACAAAAAGUAAUAUGGAAAGAACAGUAUUAAAAUAUUCUCCAAGCUAUUGGGACACCUGUCUUGAAGAUAAUGAACAAUUCAAAGUAGGAAGUUCAUCGGAGGAAUUUCGAAUAAUUGCGUAUCAAACAAAACAGGCAACAAGGAAUAGCAACCUUCAUAUCAAAAAAAUUCUUAGAAACCAAAAUAUACACGAUUUUGGACAAUUGCUCAUAAGAGAGCAACUGAUGGCCGUUCUAAGGUCUUAUGAAAAAUAUUACAGGGUACGACGAUUUAUUACAAUAAAGAAGCAGUUCCUAACAAAUGCCCUACAGUAUAAUUUAGACCACAGAAGAUGUGGCAAAUCUAGUUUAAUCUUUGGAAAAUAUUUGACUUACGUAGGUGAUGAUGAUGUGGUAUUGGUUGUGCAGGUUUUAACAAAUAGUCCUAAUUCGGACUGUAUUGCACCCGCCAAUAGUUCUGAUUAUUUCAUAGAUUACAUUGUUUACCUUUAAAUGUAUUAAAAUCUGUUUUUAUUUCUUAUUAAAGUUAAGAAGAUAUUUCAGUAUAACUAGACUUACAUUAAUAUAAAAACUGUUUAGUAAUUGUUUUUGAAUAGUUACUUUAUUUUAUGUGAUUAUGGGUUUUUAUGGUUUGCGAGUUCGAAUUAAAUAGUAUUCCUCACUCAGCGCUGAAAGACAGAAACUAUACUGUUCUAUAUUAAAAGGUUUUCACUUUUAUUAAAUUUCACCCUUAGAUUACAAAUAUUCAAUAUAUUUGUAUUAAAAUCGUUUGUUGGGUAAUAUGUAUUUAAAUUUAUCACAUUUUAAAUGUUAAAAUAUUUAAUGCACAUCAGGUCGUGAUGAAAAACUGUUAGGAUUUGAUUUGUAACUUCAUUGUCAUUCAAGAUAUCAGAAAGUAAACUAUAAUUAAUUAAUAAAAUAUAUUAAUUUUUGUAAAAUGGUAAAUUCCAAAAACAAUUGAGUGAGCAUCACAUUUUAGAGUUGUAUGUUUAAUACCAACUUUAUUUUUUUUUUGUGGAAUACUUUGUGUAGGUACUUCUACAUGUUCUGUCGGAACGCUUUUCCAGGAUUACAGAAUGUAAGAAUUUUUAAUAUUAAGAGAUAUGACCAAAAUAAUGUGGAAUAAGCAUAAUUUAUUUAGAGAUUGUUAUUGCAGUCAAUAAGCAAUAAAUCAAAUUCUUGUACGUAGAUAGGCUCGCCGUAAUAUCUAUAUUCUUAUAAUCAUGAGAGACAUAUAUCUGAAAUGUGAUACUUACUAUUUACAUAUGGCGAAGUUACAGUUGACAACCAUUAAUAAUGUACACAUUGCUUAAAAUUAUCUUUUUUGAACCCAAACCAUAAAUAAAAUCCCUGUUUUUAUUUUUAAUGUUUAUUAUAUUACAUGUCAA